GCGUUAAAGGCGCCGCGUCGGGAGGGCGGUGCGGCGCGGCCAUGGCGUACCAGGGCUUCGCGCAGGAGUACCUGGGCAUGCCGGCCGUGACCCGCGCCUACACCACCGCCUGCGUGCUCACCACCGCCGCCGUGCAGCUGGAGUUCAUCACUCCCUUCCAGCUGUACUUCAACCCCGACCUCAUCUUCAGGAAAUUCCAGAUAUGGAGGCUGAUCACCAACUUCCUCUUUUUUGGGCCCCUGGGAUUCAGUUUCUUUUUCAACAUGAUAUUUCUGUACAGGUACUGCCGCAUGCUAGAAGAAGGCUCCUUCCGUGGAAGGACGGCUGACUUUGUCUUCAUGUUCCUCUUUGGAGGGUUUCUCAUGACACUAUUUGGGCUCUUUGCCAGCCUGUUUUUCCUGGGCCAGGCUUUCACCAUCAUGCUGGUGUAUGUAUGGAGUCGCAGGAACCCUUAUAUCCGCAUGAACUUUUUUGGGCUUCUUAACUUCCAAGCCCCCUUCCUGCCCUGGGUACUGAUGGGAUUCUCUCUGCUCCUUGGCAACUCCAUCAUCAUUGAUUUGCUGGGGAUUGCAGUGGGUCAUAUCUAUUAUUUCUUGGAAGAUGUUUUUCCCAACCAGCCUGGAGGAAAGAAGUUGCUCUUAACCCCUAGCUUUCUGAAGAUGGUUUUUGACACACCUGAAGAGGAUCCCAAUUACAACCCUCUCCCUGAGGAUCGUCCAGAACACCAGCCUAGAGACCAAGACCAGAACGAGCAGCAGCAUCCGCAGUAACAUGGGGGACUUCUUCAUGUGGCCUGAUUCCUCUCUUCUGGCUGGACUUAUGUUGUGGCCCAGAGAUCCUACUGGAAUAACACCAGUUGCCAUUCUGUUGUGUAGUGUGUCGCUGUUUGUGUGGGUAACCCAUCUUCCCCUUGUACAAAGUGGAUCCACAGAGCUUUGCACAUAAGAACUCCUGAAUGCUUACAGAGGUGUUCUAGGGACAGGGACUGAAGUUGUGAUGUCUCCUCAGUUAACUGGUGUGGAAUAAGUAUCAAAUGGGGUGUUAAACCAGUUACUCCUUCUGCUCUUAAUGACUUGCUGUGUGCCAGGUCACUCUUGCCCUCUGUACAAAGACUGAUGCACCUGGCCCUCACUGUUGUGAGACCUCUUUGUGGGCUUUCAGUGAAGUAGUUCUGUACCAUGGUAGAAUGCAGCUCAGCCUCUUUCUUUCCUUUAUGUCCCCCACUCCUUUUCUGGUGGUUGUUUCCAAAGAGUCUUUACAUUAAAGUCUUUAUUUUUCA